AUGGCGUCAGAACCGUCACCGGAUAGGUUCAAGGAGUUUGUCGAGUUUACGUGGCUCGACCCCGAAGAGGACCUUUCCUUGAUUAUGGCAGCGUUGAAGAGCUCUAGUACUGCUUCGCAGCUCGCGGGAGAAUACUGGGAUGGCCCUGACGCGUUUCGAAAUAAGUACAGAACGCAGUCGGUGUGGGACGAGUCUGCCUUCUCUGCCGGUCGGGACGGUGAGAAGAACAGUACUGGUAUAGCCUUCAACAUCGAAGCUCCCGAUAAUCCUGUCAUAGACGGCAUCACGCCUUCCGAUGGUUACCAUGGCACAUCCGCUGGAGCCCCUUCACGACCGCCCUCGAGAACAAACAACCGAUCACCGCUUGGGGCCCCGAGCAACUCGGCGCAAGAAGAAGAAGACCUUCAGCGGGCGUUGCGGGAGUCUGCCGCCGGAUCUGGCGCUACCCCCCAGGAGGCAGGCGUUACCAAUACGGGCACCCAAGCGACUUACUUCGGCCCAGCCAACAGGACUGACUACGAUCAGAGCAGCUGGGCAAUGGUCACGACCUCUGGAAAUACGUCCCAAGCAGUAGCCUAUGAAAUCCCGCUACCGUCUGGAAGAAAGCGAGAACCGGGCGAACCCGCCUUUCUUAUUCAGCAACCCAACUCACGCCACUCACAGCACCGUCUGGGGUCAAUAUUGACCAUUCUCCAUGGAAUCCCGCAGGCCCGAAACGUGCUUCUGGCCGCUGGCGAGCAGGCGAGGAAUUACGGUUUCAAUAGGGAGUGGUGGAACGGUCAACGCAUAUCUGCAGAGGCUCAGUUCGCAGGCGACUCAGAACCAGACUUCCAUCAAGAGAUCCACCGACUGAUGGCCUUCCUGGACGGCACUCAUCGAAGCUAUGGUUCAGUCGAGGCGAUGGCUGAUCUGGUACCCGAACCCGAACCCGGCAACGAUACCACCACUACUGAAAGGCAGUUCUGGGACACUUUGAAUGCAAAGACCGAUCCCGAGACCAUGAAGCCUUUGAUUCAUCGGGCAUACCCGAUCUACAUUGAUACGCUUGAGCCCGCCGGUGAUGAGUCUACCAGAUUCGCGUAUCUGAACUUCCAGCUCCCCAAAAAUCAGUAUGAGCACACAAAGACCUUGUACGAAGUAUGGGAUUGGCUUGUGUGGUCUGAUCCGCUUACCUGGCAGGAGUUCACGCCAGGAUCAAAAAUGGUUGUACUCUCAGAAAUGGGCGAAGUCAUAACAUUCCUCCUCGAUGGGGACACACCCGAGACCAUUGAUAUCCCCGAAGUCUGGUAUCCAGAACGUUAUCUCGAGCAUCGCAAGAACGAGGCAAGGGUGAUCCAGGAGCACAUCAUCUGGGUUCUUGACAAUCUCUUCAAAGCCCGCGAAGACGAGUACAACUCUCUUCACUGGCUUGACGGUAACAAGCCCUACGACAAGCGUGAAAUGCUGGAGAAAACCAUCAAGGAGUAUGAGGGCCAAGUACGGUACCUGGACGGACUCGGUCGCUUUAGAGAGCUUCAGAAGUCUGACGAUGGCGAGAAUGCGUACACUCGUCUUGAGGAAGGACCCUCCAUCCUGACAGAAGAAGAGGGAAGGCUUUCGCAGACCGCAAAGCAAGUGGUUGCGAGAUGCAAACAGUUGCUUUCUGAAAUUGACAGCAAGUUGGCCAAAAUCAAAUGGGAACUAGAGAGGCUCAAUGAAAGACAACGAUUUCUGGGCAGAAUUCUCACCGACCCACAGAAGUCUGGAAAUGCUGGACCUUUCAAUUGCAAGAAGUAUCAUUUGAGAGGUGUAUCGACCGGGAAGAACACAACCUACGUUUGCAGGCGAACCGGGGAGACGAGCCUCGAAGACAUUUACGAAGGUACUUCGCAGAACGACCAAUGGUGGCGGCUGUCAUAUACCGCAGGCGAUAAAAACCCUGUGAAGACAGAGAAAGUCUCACUCGACUUGGUGAUGCGCCAGAUGUUCCAGGAGACCAAGAACCCGAUGCUUGUCUAUGCCACAGAGGAUGCAGUGACUCAGCCCAAAAUGCCUCUGUCAUCUGCUCUUGAGACAUUUGUUCUAGCGGAGAAUAAGACCUUCGCCAAAGACUUGGCAUUGGAAGAGGUGACAGAAGAGGACGGCAAUGCGACUAAUAAGACGAACGAAUUCACGUCGCCUCGCUCACCCGCGUCACCCAACUUUAAGAGAAAGUUCAGCUCAGGCAGCGUCGACUCCUUAGACAGUAACCGAGCCUCUAAUGGAGACAGCGAGCGCGGUUCCAGGGACGCAGAUUUCGAAGCAAGAUCGUUCGGCAUUGGUGACGCUAUGGACACCGAGAUGGCGGAAAUUCCGCAGAGUAGCGUAUUCGACACCAGUAAUAAUUUGACUGAGACUAAGCACUCGGGAGAGAUUCAGCAGACGGCGGAAAGCUACGACACACAACUGGCAGCACCACAGCAGAUGGAGACCUCGACAGAUACCUCCGCCAACAGCGCUUUCGAUAUUAGUCGCACUGUUACGCCAGGUGCCGAAGAGCAACCUAAGAGCCCCGAAAUGCAGGAACGCAACAGCAACGGAGGCGGUUCGCCCUUUAUGCCCAGGCGCUCCAUGUACCUUGGAUCCGAUCAUGACCCUAGAGAUGAACAAAAAACGAAGAGGAUGAUGGACAUGGAAAUGCCAGAUGACCAGUAA